CAGUGGAACGACCCAUCUGUAGAUGUGACGUCUGGGUCAUAUGUGCUCAGACGUCGCCCCAGCUGACAGACGGAUGCUGGGGAGCACGUCGCUACAUAAGUGCUGCUCAGAGGGGGAUUUGUGGCAACACCGGGACAGGCUAAGAACAACGAGUGUGUUUUUGACAACAAAACCAGAUAUAACUUAAAGCGACUUCAAGACAAACAACUGUACUGUUGGAGUGCAACGUGAAUACACAGCCGCUUACACAUACACACCGCCCCUCUCCAAAAUUUGAGAUGAAAGGGCUUUCGGAUUUUGGAUGACGCUCCGAAUCACGUGUUCAUCGGAAACACACACUCGCUAUCAUUUUUCUCUUUUUUUCAUUCGUCCUGCAGCGACCGCGGCUGUGUGUUGUGUCCACGCACCCGGACUUACAUGACUGUAAUGUAAUGUACCACGCCGUGGUCAGUGACGGGUUCACGCCAGUUCAGCGGGUUCACUUAAGGAGACGCAGAACUCCCUCCCCCUCGCUCGCCUCCUCUACUCAAAGCGCAACGUUCAGAGCUAAUCCGAUAUUAUUCAUUUACACAUUAAUGUCGGAUUCCAUUUUUGCCCGCCGACCGAUGAGCAUAGGUUCCCUGGGAGCUGUUAAAUGUGUCCCCGUGACAAACUUAGAGUGGCUGAAGGCAUGAAGAAACACUGUGAUGUCAUAGUGGCUGGUCAAUGACUCUAACCUUCAUUCAACCCUUUCCACUAUCCACCUGCCCUCUGUUCUCAUCACACUGGACAAUUAGUCACUCACUCUCACACCAACACGAAGCUGCACCAUGGCCAGCAAGAGGAAAUCCACUGUACCCUGCAUGAUACCAUCCAAAUCCAAACAUGUGCGUGAGGAAAUCAUUCUCGGCUCGCUACCAGAACUCCUACCAACGAUCCCAGAAGACAGCAUUCUUAGCAUCUCUGGAAAAGAGUCUGGUCAUUACUCCCACAGCUCAUCCAAAUCCGAAGGCAACAGUGAAAUUCAAAGAGGAGGUACGUACAGCUGUUCAAGUUGCCGCUUAGAAUCCAGAGAUCUCAACUACUUUUUGGAUCACAUGCACAACUAUCACAUAGACUUCAGGGCCCAGCCCACCUUCUACUGCCUAGAUUGUAGAGUGUCUGUGGUUCGUUUUGAGGCUCUGGCUCUGCAUAACGCCAAUGCCCACCCCAAGAUAAUGGAAGGCUUGGUCACUGCCUCCCUAACGGUCAACACCAGGGACAGAGUAACAACCGUGGAACAAAGUCUGUUUGCUGACAACGGAGACGAUUGCAGAGAGUCUGGAAUCUCCCUGACCAAAACACCAAUCGCAAAGAUGAAUAAAGGGAAGGGAGAGCCGAAAAAGUUUGUGGUUUCUCACACUGUGGAGGUACGUAAGAUAGACACUGGAAAGGAUGUAAACCCCAACAUGCUGACACAUGUGCCUGAACUCCUAAACGGGGCCCUCAGUGUCCCAGGUGCCCCAGCUAUGCCGAGGAAUACUGUCACUCAUGUGAUUACGACAGUUUCCAACCAAAUGUUUCACCAGCACACUCCUUACUUUUCCUCUCACCCUUUCUCCAAUUCCAAUAAAGACCUUCCAAAGGUGAUGAUCCCCCUCAGCAGCAUCCCCACCUACGAUGCAGCUAUGGACACCAGCAGCUUUCUCAAGACAUCCUUUGGCAAGUUCCCCUACCCUACCAAAGCUGAACUCUGCUACCUAACGGUGGUUUCGGAGUUCCCUGAAGAGCAGAUCAAACUUUGGUUUACUGCACAAAGGCUAAAGCAAGGCAUAAGCUGGUCUCCUGAAGAAAUUGAAGAGGCCAGAAGAAAGAUGUUUAACACUGUGUUCCAGGGUGGAACACCUCAGAAGCAGCCUGCUGCACAACAGCACAUCAGUCCUAUUAUAACCCAUCACACUGUCACUGCCCCGCCUGGAUCAAAAGGACCAAAUUUCCAAAUAGCCAAAGCUCCCUUUGGUAGUAUGAAAUCAAGGCCUAUCGGAAUGAUGGGCACACAUCCCAGUUUGUCAACCAACCCCCACGUCACCAGGGUCUCGUAUUCCACUUCAGCCAUCCCUGCAAGAUUACCAACAGUAGUCAGAACGACACAGGUACUAAACCAGAACAAUCAACCCACUUUGGAGACAGACAAGAGCAACGGCAUUGGCCUAGACCUGGCUGCAAACAGUGGUUUUGUAAGUAGCACCAGCAGCAGUCAAAGCAACAGUAGCAGCAGUAGCAGCAGCAGCAUUAGCAGCUAUUCCAGCAGUAUUAACAGCGGUGAAAACUUAGUGCAAAACAGCAUCCUGAUGAACAGCGUCAACAGCAUCACCACCUGCUCUGCCAGCAUUAGCAAUAAUGAUGGUGACAGCGUUGCUGACAUGAAUGGCAAACCACAUGUAAAAAGCAAAAGCUUACCAAUCAGACUGGAGCGAUCAAACAGUUCAGAGAGUCACGUGAUCUUCAACAACACCAGCAACUCUAGCAGCACCUGUAACAAUCACGGCAGCGGCAGUCCACUGAAGCAGUCAAACACCAAAAAGCAUGACGAGGAAAACAACAACAAGAACCACCACGUUCACAAGUUAAACAACAACAACAACAGCAGCAGCAGCAGCAGGAGCAGGAGCAGCUGCGAGUUCCCAAGUAACACCUGCAAUGACAAUGUCUCCAAUCUGAACCAUGCCAGCAAAGCCCCAACUGAAAGUGCCAGCACCACAGUAAUAACACCGAACACCUCGUCUGCUGCAGAGGAGGGGGUGUGCAAGGACUUCCCCAUUAAAGGUAUGUCAAUCUUAAAGCAACUAAUCAAAGAGGGCGAGUCGGUGGUCGUGGAACGGCCUUGUCCAGAGCUGAAGGUGGACCCUAUCAAAUUUAACUUUAAGAGGCUGAAGAUGAACGAAUCAGACAACGCCAUUGAGGGUCAACCUCAAGAACAUAAGCCUGAGACAGCUGAAGUAUCUGCCCCUCAACUGUCCUUCUUGCCGCUUUGGGGCAACAAGACCCCUCAGCAGUUGCACAUGCUACGACAGGUAUUCUCCAACAUUCGCUGGCCUAGCAGUCAGCAGUACGAAGAUCUCAGUGUCCAGACCGGCCUUCCCAAAUCAGAGGUGGUGCGCUGGUUCAGCGACAGCAGGUACAGCCACAAGAACGGACAGCUGAAGUGGCUGGAGACCUACCAGCGACCCCCCACAGAGGUAGAGGAAGCAAGAGGCCACGGAGAGAACGAGGGUGGAUCCCUGAGGGAGCCGCAGGCAGCCAAUAACAAACUAGUGGAGAUGGACAUAAGAAAGCACCUUGAAGGAGAUGCAGGACUGAACUCAGGGCAGCAGAUCGUAUGGCAGGAUUCAUACUCGCCGCUGCUAAGUCUGAUGGGAAACGGAGGCAAUGGGGAGCCAGGCCAAGCCAAGGAGUCAGUGCAGCCUAAAGUCUUGGAGGAUCCCUGGUCAGGGAGAGCGAACGACCUCCGGCAGUCUGCUGCCAACCAACCACACCUUGAACAACAAACAGAUGCCAACCAGACCAGGGAUGGCCUGAGGAUGGAGCUCCUGGAGGUGUGAUGAAACAGCCUCCACCAAUUUCACCAGAGGAACAUGACAUCCAGAGGUCGUUUCGCUCCCCUGGCCCUGGUCGGAAAAAAAAAAACAACAAACAAAAAAAAAAUAAAGAAUGGAGUGUUGAUAAUGACAGCAGAUGUGAUUGUAGCUGGACCGCUGGACUCUGACUGUAACUGUGAAUACCCCUCACUCCUCUUUCUCCUCCUACUGCCUUUAGUUCCUGCCUCCGUCAGAAGAAAAAAAAAAACUUGUCACAUUUGGGUUGUUGUUGUUGUUGUUGUUUUCAAAUUAAAAGAAAGCCUUUCAUGCUUCGCCAUGCUUGUGUGGGGGAGGGCGCACAAUGAAGUCAAUGUAAGGGAUCAAAGGAAAGAGAGAGCGAGAGGACGCACCUUGACUUGAAUGGAACAAGUGACUUGAACGAAGAGGAGAUUAGGAUUAGGGCUGAUUGUGUUGUAUUUGGGUCGGAAAGAGAGAAAAGAAAACUUCCUUCGGGGAUGAAUCUGCACUAUAAGAUGGUUUGUACUGAUUGGACAUAAAAGAAGACGUGUUAAGGAUAUGUUUGUGUUGGCUUUGUGAUUUUAUUUUUUACUUUUUUAGCAUCCAGUACUUCAGCACUGCCUUGAAUUUGUAUUUUUCCGUUAUUUGCUUUUCUCCGAUUUGAUUACUCCUCUAUCGUCACUGUAAGUCCAGAUGCAAUCGAAAACAUGUUUUUACUCAGAUCUGUGUUCAUGUUGUGUCAUGUCGUAGUUUGGCUACACGCAAGAGACUAUAUACUGUACAAUGCACUAACAAAGGCAGCAAUGCUUAUUUAAAACCAACUCUCACACACACACACACACACUGCCCCACAUUAAAGGUAUUGACAGCUUUGUGGAGAUGGAUACACUACAAUGCCCUGAGAGAAGCCUGUCACGCUAACGUUGCCUUACUCAGCUCUGUCCAUGUGUUUUUAUGAGCCGUCUGUCUGUCACCUCGCUUUCCAGCUACUGUGCUGUCCUUAAGAAAAAAAGUUAAAAAAACAAAAAAAGAUACAUGCCAGUGCAUCAGUGGUUACUGUUGGUAUAUAUCUGUGAAAAAUGAUCUCGUGCUGCUUUCUGUAUUCUUGGAAAUGUUUAAACUUUAAGCUAUAAUUGUGUUAAAUAUUAACUGUCAAAAAAGAAAAAAACAUGGUUGAAAGCAAAAUUAACAAUUUGAUUCGGAGACAACGACAGAGUGAAAUAUCGUGCUAGCUAGAGAGCCAAAUAUGGAGAUCUCUGCUCUCCCGAGAAUUUUCUUGUAUUUGUACCAACCUA